GUUCUGUGAAAUUAUUUAUUCAUGAGGGCUUUAUCGCAACAAGAAUAGUAGUCACUGAUUCAAGUCAAAAAAGCGAUACCCAAUAAAAAUCUAGAUACAAAUCAACUAAACCAAUAAUUGCAAAUUCCCGCAAAGUGAAUGGCUCCUCAAACACCACCGGAAAAGCUAUCUGAUGAACAAAUUACAGAACUACGGGAAGCGUUCUCCCUGUUCGACACCAAUGCGGACGGCGUCAUAACUGCCUCGGAACUGGGCACCGUUCUUCGCUCCCUAGGCAAAAAUGUUUCCGACGCCGAGGUGGAGGAGCUGCUGAAGGAAGUGAACGUCGACCAGGACGGUAUGAUCCACUUCCCGGACUUUGUGGCGAUGAUGUCCGUCCGGUUGCGGGACUUCAACAGCGAGGAGGAACUGAUGGAAGCCUUCCGGAUCUUCGACCGCGACGGCAACGGGCUAAUUUCGGCGGAAGAGCUGCGGGCGGCCCUCCACUCGUUCGGGGAGCAGCUGUCCGACGAGGAGAUCGAAGAGCUGCUCCGGGAGGCGGAUGUCAACAGCGAUGGCCAAAUUGACUACGAAGAGUUUGUGAAAAUGAUCACACUGGCAUGAAAGGCACGAACUUUUCCAAUCAACGUUUUAAUUUCCAGCCAACAGCUUGUUCCGCGAAUUGUGUAGGAGAGAAUAAAAUGGAAACGAAACACUUCUUUUCAUUAACACUCGCACCAACUGUCGUUCU